GCUUCCACACAGUGAACACCUCCUGCUGCCUGAGGAUUAGACGCACGGACUCCUGAUCUGCGCUCAACUUUGGUGUCUGCUUUUAAAAACCUGCUUUAAACCCAGUUUCCACCUUUAGACUCUGCAGCAAACGCCUUCCUUCACAUUUCCCGCUGUGGAAGAGUGCAAGAAGCGUGCAUGUUAUGUUUGAGAAGGAGUCAGGACAGACACUGGACCAGUCGAGCGCCACCGCGAUGCCUUCCAACAAAUACUCUACUGCAAUCAUGGAGGAGAGCAACAACAUGACGGCCACAGCGGCGGUGAACGGAGACAAGCCUCCAGCUGAGGGCCUGUCAGAGAAUGACAGCGGCGUGGAACUGACCAAUGAGAACAGCCCUCUGACUGCGGCCGAACCGCCUUCGCCCUUCAGCCCCAAACAGACCGGAGGCGCCGCCUCACCUCAAGACGGUAACCAGUGUUCGAGGGGAAACAGGAAGAGGAGCAGGAAGAGAGGCGAGGAUGAGGAAAGUACCUGGGACUCGGAUAAGCCUUCAGGGGCGUCUCAGUUGGGCCUGAGACAGAGACCUCGACCCAGGACCAUCUUCCAGGCCGGUCUGAGGCCACACGUGCACGGCAAACCCCGGCGACAGAACCGCAAGCAGGAGCAGAGCACGUCACCGUGUGCCGGCAAUCCUCGGGCAGCUGCGGUUGGGUCCGGUGGGGUCCCGGAGACUCCUCGUCUGGAGCUCAUGGAACAAGACUCCAAAGACUCGGCCCAGAGCACCAGCACCUCAUCCAGCUCUGAAGCACCGCAGGAGUACAAUGACAACAAGGGUUUUGGAAUCGGCGAGCUGGUUUGGGGGAAGAUUAAAGGCUUCUCGUGGUGGCCGGGCAUCGUGGUGACGUGGCGAGCCACCGGCAAACGGCAGGCCAGCCACGGCAUGAGGUGGCUGCAGUGGUUUGGAGACGGCAAGUUCUCUGAGGUCUCAGCAGACAAGCUGGACUCCCUCACCGCCUUCCCCAAGUUCUUCAGCCAGGCUUCGUACACCAAGCUGGCCUCGUACCGCAGGGCGGUCUUCCAGGCGCUGGAGAUGGCGAGCAUCCGGGCAGAGAAGGUGUUUACUCCCUGCAAGUCGAGCAGUCCAGAGGACCAGGUCAAACCCAUGCUGGACUGGGCCAAUGGGGGCUUUCUGCCCAAAGGAGAGGAAGGGCUGAAACCCACACACAGCGCCAACAGUAACCCUCUGGACCACCAGGUCUUCGAUGUGUCCAUGUCCGAGUAUUUCCCCAGUGCAAAGCGGCCCAAACUCAGUCUCUGCAAGAGCAAGUCUGCCCCCGAGGAGCUGUGCAGCAGAGAACAAAUGGUGAAUGAAGUCCUGAAGAAUAAAAGAAGUAUUGAAGACUUUUGUCUCUCUUGUGGAAAGACGAGUGCAACCUUCCACCCGCUGUUUGAAGGAGGCUUGUGCCUGACAUGCAAGGACGUGUACCUGGAGAUGUCCUACAUGUACGAUGAUGACGGUUACCAGUCUUACUGCACCGUUUGCUGCGGUGGGCGAGAGGUUCUGCUCUGCGGGAACGUGAACUGCUGCAGGUGUUUCUGCGUGGACUGUCUGGACAUCCUGGUUGACCCGGGGGCGUCCAACAACGCUCGCUAUCUGGACCCGUGGCGAUGCUACAUGUGCCAGCCGCUGCAGCAGUACGGCGUCCUCAAACGACGGCACGACUGGAGCCUCAAGCUGCAGGAGUUCUUCGCCAACGAUAACGGACAGGAGUUUGAGAAACCAAAGAUUUACGCAGCGGUCCCUGCAGAGCAGAGACGACCGAUCAGAGUCCUCUCCCUGUUUGACGGCAUUGCCACCGGCUACCUGGUUCUGAGAGAUCUGGGUUUUAAGGUGGGCCAGUACGUGGCAUCAGAGGUGUGUGAGGACUCCAUCUCAGUGGGGGUCGUCAGACAUGAAGGAAAGAUCAAGUACGUCCACGAUGUGAGGAACAUCACCAAGAAAAAUAUUCAGGAGUGGGGUCCGUUUGACCUGGUGAUCGGAGGAAGUCCCUGCAACGACCUCUCCAUCGUUAACCCUGCUAGGAAGGGCCUGUACGAAGGUACAGGGCGGUUGUUCUUCGAGUUUUAUCGCCUGCUGAGUGAAGCCAAACCCAAAGAGGGCGAGGACCGGCCAUUUUUCUGGAUGUUUGAGAACGUGGUCGCCAUGGCCGUUAAUGACAAGAGGGACAUCUCACGGUUCCUGGAGUGUAACCCUGUGAUGAUCGAUGCUAUCGAGGUCUCUGCUGCUCACCGUGCUCGAUACUUCUGGGGGAACCUGCCGGGUAUGAACAGGCCUCUGUGUGCCUCAGGGAUGGACAAGCUGCAGCUGCAGGACUGCCUGGACCACGGCAGAGUGGCAAAGUUUGGAAAGGUGCGCACCAUCACUACUCGCUCCAACUCCAUCAAACAGGGGAAAGACCAGCACUUCCCUGUGCUGAUGAACGGGAAGGAGGACAUACUGUGGUGCACGGAGCUGGAGAGGAUCUUCGGUUUCCCCGUCCACUACACAGAUGUGUCCAACAUGGGCCGCGGUGCCCGGCAGAAACUCCUGGGCCGGUCCUGGAGCGUCCCCGUCAUCAGGCAUCUGUUCGCUCCGCUCAAAGACUACUUCGCCUGUGAAUAAAGAGAAAGCCGCCAUCACCAGCAAACACACACACCAGCUUUUUUUUUUACCGAGAACCGUCAGCUGCAGCCGUUAUCUCCGCUCGGCCGGCCACUUCAGAAGGCAAGUGGCUGGUUUGACUAAACAUCAGCGCGGCGGGAACGUUUAUAGAAGCUGCCUGGAUUCUGCCUUAGGUCCACAUAACACACACUAACACUGAUUCACAGCUUAGGGGAGCGUGCUGCUGCCCUGGAACCAGAGGGGGCGGAGUCAAGUCAGGUGAGCAACAGUGAGGUCAUGGAUAAUGGAGGCCAGUAGGGCGAUUUGCCCUUCCUCUGGGGGUUUAAAGGGAAAAAUGACACCCACUCCUUUGCUUUAUUAACAUUAGGACUGUAGUGUGACUUUAAUAGGAUUUAACUUUGUUUAAAAUGCCUCAGAAGGCAUCGUUUGUAAGAUAACACCUAGAGGUUUUAGAAGCUGGAGACCGGCGUGGUACCGAUGGUACAACCGAACUAUUACUCUCAAAUAAAAACACUUUCAGACUCACGGGAACCAAAGUUGAAGCGGAUGUCCUGCUCCACCUUUUUAGCCGCCAGCUUUGGUCUGUUUUCCAGAAAUCAUACUGAGCUUUUUUUGGUCCACAUUUUUCCGUAAAACUGCUGCCGGGUUGUUUUUUUUUUUUUUUUUAAAGGACCAAACUGGGAACCCGUCUCCUGGGAAAACCAUUGAUCAGUAUAAGCUACUGGACCUGAAGCUAACCUGGAGACGUGACACAGGAUUUAGCUUUAUAUUUAGAGAACUUUAUAUUGAUAGAUUUGUUGUUUUUACAGAAAUGUACUUUUUAUAUAUUAUAUUAGCACACUAGCUUGAAGUGCCCAUAUUGUGCUUUUUAGUUUGUCCUUCAGUCUGUUCGAGGUUAAAGGUUUGCAAAGUCCAAACCAAAGAGAACCGCCCGAAACGCCUCGUUUGUGCUCCCGACGCUCUCCCAGGGCCUCUCCGCUCGGAUAAAGAGUGAGCCGCUGCCUCACCGGGCUGAUGAUCCGUUUGCUCUCCAUGCAGUGACGUCGUCUGACCUCAUCGCCCGCCUCACCACUGAGCCCAAACCCCGUUCAUCCUGGAGGAGCCCCAGCCCCCCGUGACCCAGGAAGCCCACAGCGGGGGGCUUUGUUAGUGCUGGGGACGUACGUAGGAGCAGACGGGGUGUUUCACAGUCGGGCUGAAGAACACGAGCGUUUUAGAGGCGGGACAGGAGCGCAGUAUGAGGCGUGAUAUGGGCGCUUAGAGAGGAGAGCAUCACCUGCCUCAGUGCUUCAAAUACUUGAAACGAGCCGAUGCAAGAAGAAAAAACAAAGUGGAGAGUGGGUUUUUUCUCUUUGUCAUCGUUUCCAGACAGCUGAUGAACACUUACGAUGUUUUUGCUACUGUAGAUGUUUAGAUGUUACCUUUAGAAAUGU